AUGCGUUCCGCCCUUUCCGCGCCUUCGGGAACCACGGAGAUCGGGGCUUCCUCAGGCCCAGAGCCUCCCAACCACGCUCCAACCGACUCCCACAGGCCCCUACCUAGGGGCACUCCCGAUCCUAUGACGCUGGGUGACGGCAACGAUGCCUCGACGACCGCCAUGGCCCGGCCUUCCUCUUGCGAGCCCCUCUGCGGCUCCCACGGGCCCCCAUCCCCCCAGCCUGGGCCUGGCAACAGCCGUUCCGCCACGGACAACUCUCCCAAUGAGUCUUCUCCUGUCCAUGGCUUACAGGGCUCCGGGGCCUCGGUGGCCCGGGACGCCUCUCCUCCCUGCCUGUCGAACGACCUUCUGCCCUGUGGCCAGGAGCCCCUCCCGAUUCCCGACGACGGCCUCCCAUACGACCUGGGCCACGACAACUCCCCGUCCAUCACGGACGAGCAGGAGGCCCGGGGCGCAGACCUGCCUGCUCCUGGGGGCCGUACGACUGUCUGCGAGCGCUGCGGAGAGGUGCUGCCUGACUCUGCGGCGAUCGAUGUCCACAUCGGGAUGCACCAUCCGCCUCCCGGUUCACCUUCUCCGUCGCGCAGCCCUUCUCCGCUGUCGGGGUCUGCCCCUCCACCUGCAGCCGCCGAGCCCUCUCCCUCGCCAACGCCGGACCCUGUGUUCCCGUAUGCAUGCAGCAUGUGCCGGGCCCGAUACAAAACGGAGAGGGGGCUGAAGGCCCAUAUCGCCAGGCUCGGCCACUACCUCCCGCUCGACGCCACAGUCCCCGAGCGCAUCGGGGUGCCUAGUGGCAGCCCGUCCCCUGAGCUGCUUCGCCUCCUCACUGACGUAUUCACAGAGAUGGCGGGGCGCCUUCCUCCUGUAGAGGCCCUAGCGCGCUUCCUCUCGACGUGCCGCCGCAUGGAGGGCUCUGGACGGCUCCCCCCGGCGCAGUCGCUUCUCCGGAAGGGGCUGCUCGGCCGGGCAUGGCAGGCGCUGUUGAGCGAGACGUCCUCUGCCGCCAGGGUCCCCGAGCCCCAGGGCAAGGAGCGGGAAGCGAUUGUCCAUGAGCUCCACCCGCGCCCCAUGCCUGUCUCUCUGCCCCCCGUCCAUCACGUGCUCGGCCCGUCGCCCAAGAUAACGGCCAAGGCGCUGCUGAAGGAGCUGCAGGCGAUGAGGCCUGUCGCGGCCGGACCCUCUGGGCUGGGGAAGCCUCACCUCCUGCACCUUUGUGGGGCCGCCGGGGCUGCGGAGCUCUUCACCUCUGUCCUGACGACCCUCUUCUCCAGCAGGAACUGGGCCCAGCUCCAGCCCCUGUGCGAGUUCAGGCUGAAGCUUCUGCCCAAGUCUGGCGGCCGAUGGCGCCCUAUCGCAGUGCAGGAGACGCUUCUGGUCGCCUUCCACCGCUUGCUCCUGCGUCGGACUCCCGCGCUCCGCAAGCUCCCGGCGUGGCAGCUGGCCUUUGAGCACCUCGCCCAGAUGAAGGCGAUCCGCGCGGCCGAGGAGCUGAAGAGGACACACCACCUGCUCACGGUGGAUGUGCGGAAUGCCUUCAACAGCGUCCCGCAUUCCGUCAUCCUCUUUGCGCUCCGCCGGGCAGGGGUGGUCCAGCCGACCGUCGCGUACAUUGAGUCGUUCCUCGCGGCUCGGCACUCCUCGGACCUCCCCGCGGUCCCAGCGGGCGUGCCACAGGGGGACCCGCUGUCCAUGGCGAUGUUCUGCCAGAGCCUUGUCUGGCCGGUGGAGACGUACCUCGGCCAGUACAAGGUCGUUGCAUACGCCGACGACCUCGUCAUUGCGUCAGAGGAGGCGAUUCCCAUAGAUACCGUGAAGAGUGACGCGCAGUCUGCCCUCUCCCGCAUAGGGCUCACGGUCGAGCUCUCGAAGUGCUCCUCGACCCAGGCCGGGGCGAUCUCCUUCAUGGGCACCCGCGUGCUCAAGCACUCCUCCUUCAACCUCGCGCAGACAUCGGCCCGCCGGCUCCACGAGCAUCUCGCCGUCCUCCGUGCUUCGGGUCUCUCACUCCACGACCGCCUCAGGCUCCUGUCUGCCUGCGUCGUCCCUGCAGUUAACUAUGGACCCCUUGUUGACGACUACCCGGGCCCGUCCCCCUAUGCCGACGUCGAUGCGCAGAUAGUGGAGGAGGUCGCGACCCUUCUGGAGAUCCCCGAACCCCUUGCGAAGACCCUUGCUCUGACGCCCCGCGCGAAGUACGGCCUCGGACUGGUGCUGCCCCAUCACUACUACGACGAGAUGCACAGGCAGCGCCAGGACAUGAAGGCGGGCGUCUUCCGCGAGCUGAGGAAGAAGCGCCUGCAGGACACGGCCGCGCUCCGAUCCUUCCUGCCGCUCGCAUUGCUGGGCUGCGCACCCCUGGACAACACGCAGGUCCUGUUCAUAGGGGACUGCUUGGCGGGGAGGUACCAGCGGGGCCGGCCGAUGGGCACGUGCUGCCACUGCAAGCAGCCCUUCCUUCCCAGGCACCAUCUGGUGUGCAAGGCCAUUAACGGGAUUCACGUGGCGCGGCACGACAAGAUUCUGGACGCCCUGCUCGCGUGCUCCCGCGGUCGCGCUGGGUCUGUUGUGCGCAAUCCCACGAUCCCAGUGGAUCACCUCCAGCCUGACCUUGUCAUCGGUGGGGGCUUCGGGGACUUGGUGGUCACUGUCCCGUGGAGGCUGGAGCGGUCCUAUGCCCUGAAGGCCGCCAAGUAUCGCCCCCUCGUGCUCCAGGGGCGGGCGGCCCACAUCCUCCCCGUCGUGGUCGGUGCUGACGGCGUCCUGCACCACCUGUCUGCGGCCGGACUCGCGUUCGCCGGCGUGGACCUUGCGCGCUUCAUGCAGGAGGCGGCGCAGGUCAUCCUCUGGCACUACAGGCUGUCGGCCCUCCUGUACGCUGGGCUGCGAGUGGAGAGGCCGGUGCACCGCCCCGCCCCUGCAGUAUCCCUGCCGGAACCGGCUCCCAACGAGGCUCGGGCUACUCCUCCUACUCCCCUCACCCCUGCCAUGUGGAGCCCUGGCACGUCGCCCUCCGUAGAGAUCAUGGCCGAUCUCAGCCAGCAUCCUGAUGCGGCAGUCCCUCCUCCCUGGGGUCCUGCUGAGGUCUCCUCCUCGAUCACCUGGGGCACCGAUCACCCCGCACAGCGGAUGCAAACGAACGCCCAGACCCCUUCAUGUGCUCAAGGGCCCCCUCCCCGCCUCCACUGGAUGACGACAGCCCCGACGAUGCAGGAGCACCCGAGCCGGUGCACAAGGCCCUGCCGUCCUUCUUCAAGCGCGUCGGUCCUCCCAAGCCGCAUGCCCCUGAUGGCUUCUACCCCUUCAAACGCAUCGACACGGGGCGCUAGUGGUCAUGCUUGGGCACCCUGCCCGCUGUCGGCUGCCCCACAGCGCGAACGGACCCCUGGGCCUGCGUGCCGAGCUGUCUCCCCUGGUACUCCUCGCUCGCACCCGAGGCCUCUUGCCCUAUCAUUCGGGUGUGCAUCACGUCCAGACCGGUGCGAUAGAUGCCUAGCCGCGAUGCCAUACACACUCGACCAGGCCGGGCCAGGCCGGACGCCCCCCUGGAUGGCCAGACACCCGCCCUGCCUACGUUUGGGCACUUCCUCGAUGGGACUCGUCAUCUGCCCACGCCGCAGCCCGGUGUUCGUCUGUCUGUCCUCCCGGGCAGCGGCGGUCCUUGGGUGCUGA